GCAGGAAAGCGACAGCGUCUGUCCUCCCCUUUGCCUUUUGUGUUGCACUUAGGAGCUUAUGAGGGAAGCUGACAGCCACAAAUCUGUGAGAAGCUUCUACGAUGGUUUGCCCGGUUUGGGGGAGAUUUGCCCGCACACAUGCCUAUGUGGUGAGAAAGGCCGGUUGUAUCUGCAGUGCCCUUCAGCAUCGGGCCUGGGCCUCAAAGCCGGCGGCGUCAGAAUUUUCUGCCCAAGGAGCUCCAGGGUCCAGUGUGGUUGAAGUGCUGGGCAAAUCCUACCCUCAGGAUGACCACACCAACCUUACCCGGAAGGUCCUCUCCAAAGUGGGCAGGGAUCUCCACAAUCAGCGGCAUCACCCGCUGUGGCUGGUCAAGGAGAGGGUGAAGGAGCACCUGUACCGGCAGUACGUCGGCCGCGCUGGGACCCCGCUCUUCUCCGUCUACGACAGCCUGUCUCCUGUGGUCACAACCUGGCAGAACUUCGACAGCCUGCUCAUCCCAGCUGACCACCCCAGCAGGAGGAAGGGAGACAACUAUUACCUCAACCGGACGCACAUGCUGCGAGCGCACACGUCGGCACACCAGUGGGACCUGCUGCGCGCGGGGCUGAACGCCUUCGUGGUGGUGGGUGACGUGUACCGGCGCGACCAGAUCGACUCACAGCACUACCCGGUGUUCCACCAGCUGGAGGCCGUCCGGCUGUUCUCCAAGCAUGAGUUAUUCGCUGGUGUGAAAGAUGGAGAGGACUUGCAGCUGUUUGAACAAAGUUCUCGAUCUGCCCACAAGCAAGAGACACACACGCUGGAGGCUGUGAAGCUCCUUGAGUUUGACCUGAAGCGGACGCUCAGCAGACUGAUGACUCAUCUGUUUGGGGAGGGGCUGGAGAUCAGAUGGGUGGACUGCUACUUCCCCUUCACUCAUCCUUCCUUCGAGAUGGAGAUCAGCUUCCAUGGAGAAUGGCUAGAAGUUCUGGGCUGCGGGGUGAUGGAACAGCAGCUGGUCAAUUCAGCUGGAGCUCAAGAUCGAGUCGGUUGGGCUUUUGGCCUCGGCUUGGAGAGGCUUGCCAUGAUCCUCUACGACAUCCCUGACAUCCGCCUCUUCUGGAGCGAGGACGAGCGCUUCCUGAAGCAGUUCCUCCUCUCAGAUAUCAACCAGAAGGUGACGUUUCAGCCUCUUAGCAAGUACCCUGCCUUGAUGAACGACAUUGCGUUCUGGUUGCCCUCUGAGAAUUAUGAAGAGAACGAUUUCUAUGACUUGGUCCGAACAGUUGGUGGAGACCUGGUGGAAAAGGUGGAUCUCACAGACAAGUUUGAACACCCCAAGACACACAGGACCAGCCAUUGUUACCGCAUCACCUACCGUCACAUGGAGCGGACCCUGACCCACAAGGAGGUGAGACAUGUGCACCAGGCCAUCCAGGAGGCUGUGGUGCGGCUGCUGGGCGUGGAGGGCCGCUUCUAACGCCGCCUCCCCGCCGAGCU